AUGUCAGUAAAUGAUAACCAUCUGUAUAUAAUGAAUGACAUAUUCAAUAAAAUGUCCAAAGAAUUUGUGACUAUUGACGGCAACGUAAAAAAGAUUCAGAAGGAGAAUCUUACUCCUUAUAAGGUGGCAACUGUCAUUUUAAUUAGAGAAUAUUGCAAUGAAGCAACAAAAGUAAUUAUGGAGAGACGGGAUUUUUGUUUAGCGUCGCUGAAAUUAAUACAGUCAGCCGAUAUGGAAUUGAGUGUCUUGUUAAAUACAUUGUAUGCGCCGGAAUAUGCUUUACAUCGUUUUGCGGCCAAAUUGGAUAUGGAGCUGGAUGUGCUGUAUGAGAAAGGAAUAGACGGGCUGUUAGAUUUAUUUGAUAGCUUACGUCGAAUGAUAGAACCUAAGGAACAUUCACUUUCUGUAUCGGUAUUGAACAAGAACUCUGUUCUUGGCCUAUAUGUUCGUAGGAUGCUCAUCUUUUUCGAGAAAUUGGCCUUUGAUCAAGUGGUCGUUCUUUAUAACGAUCUAAAGAAAUAUAUUGAUAAGAGAAUUACUGAUACAGAGAACUCUGAUAUCUCUGCAACUCCUAAGCAAGAUAAUUUUGGUUCCAGUAUAAAAAAGACAACUUGGGGUGGGAGACAAGCAGAAUUGCUUGUAGCACAGCAAGCGCACACAUUACAAACUGAUGAGCAUAAAGCACUGCCACCGAUAGAGUUGCAAGCUCUCAUUCAUGAUCUCUUAAAGUCUACUCCUUAUAAUGCGGAUGCACAUUAUCUGAGUUACUUAAACUGUAUACGUGUGAGUGAUUUUUGUGGAGCAGUCAACAGUCUCUAUCACUGUUUCGAUAGAUUAGCACCUCUGGAGAACCGAUCCACGCCUGAAGAUCGAUCUCGUACCUUCCGAUACGCGGCGCUCAACUUGGCCGUUCUACAUGCCCAAUUUAACCACAAAGAAGUAGCGUUGUAUGCUUUAAAAGAAGCUAUCAAACUAGCUCAAGAAGCUGGGGACAAUGUGUGCUUGCAGCUUGCACACUCUUGGAUUUCCUAUUUGACCAAUGAAGAAAAUAAGGGUCCUCUCAUAGAACGUUCGGUUGGCAAAGCAAGUUUACUCGGAAUUACGCAUACGACAGGUUUAAGUCUUAUUUCGCAUGCACACCAUUAUGCUCUGGAAGCCAAAAGUCCUCCUCAAGUGUUUGAUAUACUCAUGAAAUCAGACAUGUUAAAUUGUCAACAUUCAAUGUCUGAUCUGAUGUCCAUUACUUUCGCGGAAAAGUCCGCGUUAUGGGCGUAUUAUGGCAAAACGGAAAUGGCAUCUCUUUGCGCUCAGUUGCUACUUCUCCACAACGCGGGUGAUAAGAAGCAGCAAAUAUUCAAUGGACCAUCUACGUGUCAGGCAAUCGUCACUGUUGCUAACAUGUUGAUCGAAUUUGGCGAGUACGGCCUUGCUGACGUCGUGUUGUCUCAUGCCAAAGAGAGAUUUCCUAAUAAUCCUUGUAAUAAAAUCUGGAUGUUGAGCGAACAACUACAUAUAUUCACACAGUUGAUGAGGCAAGAAAAAUGGAGCGAAGCAGAGGCAACAGCCACAAAUAUUUCCAGCCUAGAUCAAUUGGAGAGCAAACUCAAAUUGGUGGAAGUCUGCUUGGCGAAGGGUGAUUUUCCAAAAGGACUAGAAUAUAUCAGUAUGCUCGAAGAAAAUCCGGACAUAACUCCACCACACUUAAUACGUGCUAUACUUCUCUCUAGCCAGAUUACGUGCGCUUCUUCCCUGCCGAGCAACAGAACCGCAGUCAUCACUAAUUGCAUAAUGCGCCUUUGCUCAGCCUUAGAAUUAGCCACGCGAAAUCAUCUGUCAUACUAUAAAGCGCUCGUUAAAAUGCAUCUCGCUAAUGUACAGUUAUUGAUGGGCUUAUCUACGUUAGCUUUGAAUCUGGUAGAGGACGCCAUUCCCACUAUAUUGGGUCAUGGUAGCUAUUACGAUCAAGGUAACGCAUUCAUGUUGUAUAGCAAAUGCCUGAUAGCUUCAGCAUCAGAGAACUCUUUUGAGGCACGGAAAGAGAUUAUCUCGCAUGGAAUAAAGGCUCUCUCAAAAGCGCAGAUCCUUUUCACCAAGGUCAAUGCCAUCGCCAAAAUCAAGAAUACUUUGCAUUUGCAAGCCAUUCUUUACAAUGAAAUUAAUCUUCCGUCUGAACGAAAUCAAUGUGCCUUUGAAUAUCGUCAACUGAAUGGACAAUACUUAACAACUCCCAUCAAUCCAUUUUUGUAUUAAAACUUGAUGUAAAAAAUUUUUGUUAAAAAAUUAAGUGAAAAAUUACACAACAAAAAUAGAAAAACAUGAGCCAAAAUCAUAGAAAAGAAUAAGCAGAUACACAAUUGUUAAUUAUAUUUAUUAAUUACAACAUUCAAAUUAAUAAUUGCAAUGCAAUAUGUAAAUUUUUUAAUAAAAUUUUAUUUAUUUUUAUUAUAAGAAAUAUUUUUCAAUAUAUUUUGCUUAUGUGCUUGCAUAUAUGUCUGUUAAUACUGGUAUUUCUUUUAAAUAUUAAUACAGCUCUAUAUAUCCUCCAUAUAUCUCUUUAUAUCUAAAUUAUUAUAUUUCUUACAAAACUUAUAGUACUUUAUAAUACUUAAUACUAUUUUCCAAAAUCAUAAAUUUAUUUAUUACA